CAUAGACAAAAACCCUAAAAUCAAAAUCCCAAUCUUCUCUUUCUCUCUGCUCCUCUCCCACUUCCACCAUUUGUGAAAGACAGACAGAAGAGUAGCCGCCCUUCCUGCGCACCUCACAAGACCAUCUCCGUCGACUCGCCGCCGCUCCCAACUGCGCCGUCGACUGUCUUGUGUUCGUUGCCAUAAGCCACAUAUAAGAUCGCCAUUGCGAACUAGAACUAGAGAAGUGGGUUUAAAUUUUAAUUCAGUGAUUUUUUUAGGAACAAUGGGUAUGCAGCUGUUUGACGGCAGUGAUUCAGAUAACGAAGACUUAGAGAAUAUUGAGGUUGACAAGGAGUUUGCUAGAAGGUACGAGCACAACAAGAAGCGUGAGGAUCUUCAGCGGUAUGAGGAGUUGAACAAGAAGGGCCUUAUUCCUCGACGAGCACGUCCAGAAGCUGAAGGAGAUGAGAAAUCUUCUGAAGAAUCAUCCUCAUCUGAUGAGGAUGACGAUGUUGUUUUAAAGAAGAAGGAUUUGGAAUUCUUUGAUGCUCUGAUCAAGGUCAGGAAGCAGGACCCUAGUUUAAAGGAGAAGGAUGUCAAGUUGUUUGAGUCCGAAUCUGAGUCUGAUGGUGAGGAUGGGGAAGAAGGAGAAGAGGGGAAGAAAAAGAAGAAGAAGGCUAUGUAUUUGAAGGAUGUGGUAGCUAAGCAUUUGAUUGAAGAAGGAGCUGAAUUCUCUGAUAAGGAUGACAGGAAUAACAAGAAAAAACUUGCUUAUAAUGAGGAGCAAGAGGAGAUACGUAAGGCUUUUCUAGAGGCGGUAGAAGGAAGUGAGGUUGAAGAGGAUGAAGGAGAUUUGUUGAAAUUAAAGGAAAAGAGUGGAGGGGAUCAGGAUGAGAGUGAUAAUGAGGAGUUUCAGAAGAAAUUGGAUGAGUAUUUUGGCGAAGGUCGUAGUGAGGAUGUAGACGAAAAUGCCGUGUUUUUGAAGGAGUACUUUAUGAAUAAGAUGUGGCUUGACAAGAACAAUAAUGAUGCGGAUGAGGCUGGUGGGGGUGAGGACUUGGAACUGCUGUCAGAAGAUGAGAAGGAGAUUGAGAAGCAAGAGGAGUAUGAGUAUAGAUUUCAAGAAAAUCCUGGGGAUCGAGUUUUGGGCCAUGCUAGGGAAGUGGAGGGCUCGGUCAGGAAGAAAGUGAAGGCCAGGAAAGAGCAGAGGAAGCAUAAGGAGGAGAGGAUGGAGAUUGCAAGGUUGGAGAGGGAGGAGGAGUUGAGACAUUUAAAGAAUUUGAAGAAGAAGGAGAUGGAUGAAAGAGUUAAGAAAAUUAUGGAGACUGCUGGAAUUGGAGAUGACGAGGUUGUCCCCUUGAGUGCCAAAGAAUUAGAGGAUGAGUUUGACCCUGAGGAGUACGAUAGAAUGAUGAAGAAAGCGUUUGACAACAAGUACUAUGAGGCGGAGGAUGCUGAACCAGAUUUUGGUAGUGAUGCUGAUGAGGAGAAACCAAAUUUUGACAAAGAAGAUGAGUUGCUUGGACUUCCCAAAGAUUGGGAUAGUUGUGAGACUGGUGAUGGGUUCUUAGCUGCAAGGGAAAGAAGUUUGAAGCAUAAGAUAGAGAGUGUAGAGAGUGAUAGUGACCAGGAAGAGGGAGAGGCAAAAGAAGUUAGUAAGGAAGGAAAGCGAAAGAGGAAGCGAAAAUCAGCUCUUUUGGAGAAGGCUAAAGAGGCAAUGUUGGAGGAAUACUAUAAAUUAGACUAUGAAGAUACAAUUGGAGACUUGAAAACAAGGUUCAAGUAUUCCAAAAUAAAACCUAAUAGGUUUGGGUUGAGUGCUGCUGAGAUAUUUGUUACAGAUGACAAAGAGUUAAAUAAGUAUGUGUCACUGAAACAGAUGGCUCCGUAUAAAGAUAAAGAGUGGAAGGUACCCAAUAGUAAGAGACACCAGUUUAAGCUUAUGACCCAAGAGCUUCUCCGAGGAGGAGGAAAACUUGAUCGGAAAAAACAUGGUAAAUCGAAGAGAGUGAAGGAUGAUGCUAACAAGCCAACUUCUUCAGGGGCUGCAGUCGAAGAUAGUAAAGUGGAAUUAGAACAAUCUGCUGGUGAUGAGAGCAAUUUGUCUAGGCAAGCUAGGAGAAGGCAUAAACAAUCUAAAUUUAAACUAGAAAACACCCGACUCGGGGCGUACCAAAAGCGGGAGUCAAAGCCUAAGAGGAAGCAAAGCACUGAAAAUUAGCAGCAAUUUUGGCACCGCAUAAGAAAUGUCCUUCUUUUGGGGUAUAAUGAUCAACAUGGAGUUGAAGAGCUUCUGGUCAUCUGGUGGGGUUUAAGCUUAGGUAGGUUACAAAUAUGACUUGAGUUGAGAAGAUGAGUCCCAUCAAGGGAGUGCUUAAUGAACUAAACAAGCUAUUUGAGAUAUGCAUGCACAUACUCUAUCUUCAAAAUUUUGUACUUGUAUUACUAUGUAGUGCUAAUGGUUUUAUUUAUAUAUGUAUAAUUUGGAUUCUAGGAGAUGGUGUAUUUCUCCUUCAUUCUUCACCCAAAAAUAAACUGAGAAUUUCCAAAUGAAUUUUGUUCUGUUGACUA